CAACCAGUAGCUCGUCGGUGUCCUCCCUCCAGCUCCGGCUCGAGCAGCGGGUCCUCGCCGGUGUCAGUGUCCCGAGUCAGAGCCAGCGGGACGGUUAACCUUCUCUCUGUGAGGACUAACAAACCCAGCGGGCUCCAUGGGUAACAGCCACCGGGCUGCAGGGCUACACCGAGCCGUUAACGAUGUGUUAAAGAAGGCCGGAAGAAUUUACCACAAGGAGAUUGGGACAUGUCAGAAAGUUCUUCAGGUGUGAACACUCUCAGUGGCAGUUUUCCCAAAUCCCACUCAUCUCAGUGCUCUGACCUCAGGGUUACACGCACACCUCUCUCCGUGGACCACAGUCCUGACUCUGGACUAGUAUCGACACCUCUUCCAUCAAGUCGGUUCCGCUUUGUGUCCUGGCAUCGACUGGAGCAGUGUGAUGUCACCGGUGAUCAGCUGACCUGCCCCAGGGUCAGAGAAGGGCCAUCAGAAGAGGAGAGGAGUUUGGAGAGAAGGAGGAGGAUUAGAGAAGAGGAAGGACAGAAAUGGGAGGAGAGACUGCAGGAGAACUGGGAAAACUGUCUGGAGCUGAAUUUGUCCUAUCAGGACCUGGGUGAUGCCUUCCAGCAAGAGAACUUCCUCCGGAUCCUACGUCGCUUGAUUCGUGUAGAGAAACUGCAACUAAUAGACAACUCUCUCACCAACCUGAGUUCUGUUUGUCUGCCAAGGUGCAGAAUGCUAAACCUGCACCGCAACCACCUGGUGUGUCUACGUCAGCUGCCAAAGCUCCCAGCAGUGGAGCACCUUUGUCUGUCUGAAAAUGCCAUCGGCUCCCUGGGGGGACUGGGUGCUCUGGGGAACAGCCCGCUGCGCUCCCUCAACCUGGCCCGCAACCCGGUGACCUUCACUCAUGACUACCGUGCACGAGUUUUCUCCUGUUUGCCAAAGCUCGAGGUCUUGGAUGGGAUCCCUAAGCUCCCGGAGGACUCUCUGCCCAUCAGGUUCCCACUCCCAGAAACCACCAGGAUGUGCAACAUUUUAUGACAUUCUUCCAUGGAUGGAUGUGCACAGAGUCUGGCAAUCACACCGCAACGUACCCCACACUUUAAAACCGCGCUGCAAGAUUGAUGGACCUCCUGUCAGGAAAACCAACUGGGUAAUGUUUUACCGUGGUAUUCAGUAACGGUAUCUACACUCACUGUUGCCCAAAAACACUUUUUAAGGCCACUCCAACAAUACAUUAACAGUAUUGUAUUGGAAAUGUACCAAGAUGUUGCUUGUAUUUGUAAAGUAAGAUUUUUUUGUACUUGUUAGGGCUAUUUUGAUAAUAAACAGAGAAUAUCUUGAAGGUA